AUGGCUGAUGUCAACGCCGACCGCAAGCCGGUUCUAAGUGUCAUUGUCGGCGGAUUGCCUCGGACUGGCACGACGUCCAUGACCAAGGCUCUUGAAAUCCUUCUCAGAGGUCCUGUCUUCGAUGGGGGCUCCGUUUCCUACAUUGGUAACGCCGUUAUGCAACGACGCAUGCUUGAGCUUGCGCAGCACUGUCCCAUGAGAACUCUAGUGGACCGCACCUUUGUCCAAUAUCGCCUCGCUGAAUUGACUGAAGGCUGCGUGGCAACCUCUGACCAACCUGGCUGUUACUUCUUGGAGGAGCUGCUACAGUUGUAUCCGGAGGCAAAGGUCAUAUGCACUGUCCGAGACCGAGGCUCCUGGUGGGACAGCUACUCGGCACUGUGGCAAGGCAUUGAAGACCUGUAUUCAUGGUCCUGGCUUUCUCCCAGUCUGAGACGCUUCUGCGUCUUCUCCCAUAAGUUCUGGGGGCGUGUGCCGCAAGCCGUGGACAUCCCCGAGUGUGAGCCUUUGCCGAUGGUCAACCAGGAGAAACUCUAUGAAGCGCAUGCCGAAUAUGUUCAGCGUGUGGUACCGCCGAGCCAGCUCUACUUCUUCAACGUCCGGGACGGAUGGGAACCAUUAUGCAAGAUUCUAAACGUCCCUGUUCCGGAGACACCUUUUCCGCACGCUUUUCCGAGGUCAUGGCUCAAGGAGGGAAAGAAUGCUUUGAUCGCUCGGUUGAAAAGGCGCUUGGCAACUAUGGUAGGGCUCGUAGGGCUGUUCGUCGGAGUCACAGGCUUUGCUGCCAACAAAUACCUCUGA